GAACCAGGAUCGCCGCAAAUUAAAUUGCGCAACAGGACCGCAAAACAAGAGCAUGCCAACCGUGGUGCAGGAGGACCGCUUCCGCAAGGCGGUCGGGUCUCGCGUUGUUGUGGACGGCAAAGGUGACGGAACGCUGCGAUACUUUGGCCGCCUUCGCGUCAGCAAGAAGCCCACCAAGUUCUGUGGAGUCGAACUGGACGCACCAGACGGCAAGAAUGACGGAAGUACUGGCGGCGAACGCUACUUCUCCUGUCCUCCAGGACACGGCGUCUUUGUUGCCAUGGACAAGGUGUCCUUGGGUGGAUCAUCAGGCACCAACACAGGACCAAAGGCCAGGAAGAGCCCCGUGAAGCGACGACCAUCGACUACGAGCAAGCCGGGCUCAGCCGCCACAACGCCAAAGCGACCGUCGUCUGCGUCUGCUGCACGCGCCGGUGGGAAGCGCCCAUCUAGUGCCCGUCGCAAGUCCACUGCUGCCACCCCGCCGUCCCGCACACCUUCCACUUCCUCGGCGCCCGCAAGUGCGGCAAAGCGACGCUCAUCUCAGCCAGCCAAGACGCCCACCAGCCAGAACCGGCGCCGUUCAUCAACGACAGCGCCCGCGUCCGCCAACAAGGGCCCAUCGUCAUCGCGACGCAGCAGCCGCCCGCAGUCCGCAUCACAGACACCGCGCGAGACAAAGUCCUCAAUUGCUCGGCGUGCAAGCAGGGCCAGCCAUGAUGCAAGCAGCGGCGACGCUGUGUUUCCGUACACACCAGCACGCGUUCUGAAGAACCGCCCCUCGCCCGCAAGUCGGGCCAACGGGACAUCGGCGCCAGCAUCCGCUGGCCGACGCCGGAGCGCCACUACCGCCACCAGAACGCGACGCACAACACAGCCAUCCUCUGCCUCGCACAAGCGAACGCGGAAGCAGAAAGCAGAGGUGGUUGUCGGCACCAGCAGAGACGCUGUCAUCGACGCCAGCGCGGAAGUAUCUUCCGGCCAUCUUGCAAAGAUGAAGAAACGCCUCUUCCGUCGCAUGGCUGCAUCGUCAACUUCCCCAAAGGCAAAACAACAACAACAGCAGCAGAACAAGAACAAGAACAAGAACAAGAGAGCAGGAGACACGACGACCUCCCAGCAGCAACAGAAACAAAGCAGGCCGCGAGCCACAGGCGCACGUGCGCCAUCAUCAUCAUCAUCAUCAUCCAGCAAGCCACGCACACCAACGAAGAGGAAACCAGGCUCAGCGUCGCGAAGCAAGAAGUCCAUCACAAGAACGCCGACCAAGCAAGCCAGCCCCGCCAAGAAGACAGCCGCUGGCCCUCCAACAAAACCAAAGCCUGCAACAGCACCGAAACCUGUGGUGGCGACAAAUGGACGACAGGAGCAUUCGGCAACAGCAUCCGGUGUUGAACGGGAGCCGUCGCGUGAUCGCGUGCUCUCCAUUGCAGCAAAAUUCGAGGCACUCACCACCACCGCUGCUACCACCGCAUAGCCACUGUGGCGUCUUUUGUUUGUGUGUGUGUGUGUGUGUGUGUGUGUGUGUGUGUGUGUGUGUGUGUG